CUAUUGGCAGAUGUUGACAGUUAAGAAUGAAGAAGUAACGAAACGCGAACGCUCAUAAUUAGUCCGUAGAAAAGGCUCUGCACUGGUGGUGCGCGGCGCGGCCCCACCCCGGAAGUGGCUACUGGCUGUACACAGUGGAAAGGGUGAAAAAUGGCGACAGUGAGCGCUCGAGACUUGCUGCUCUGCGCUCUUUCCUUGCUCAACUUCGUGUUCGUCUUCGGCACCGGAGCCGAGUUUGUGCGCUUCGUUUCGUUUCGAGCCAUUUAUCAGAACAUCACCGGAGGACCGCCGCCUUGCCACGAUUCGGUUCCGUGGUCUACGGCGCUGCGGAGCAGUUCGGUGCUCCGGGCCGUGGGGGCUGAUCUGGGCCUGGUGGCUCUCUUUGCACUCCAGCACAGCCUGUUGGCCUGGGGCCCUGUAAAACGUGCCCUCUCCUCCGUUUUCGGGGUCCUGAACAGGGCGUUUUACUGUGCCACCACUGCCCUGGCACUGCAGGUGUUGAUGCGUUGCUGGCAGCCAGUGACUGACGCCCCUUGCUUGUGGUCUGUGAGCAGCGUGCCUUGGGAUACCUGGUUUCCCUUGAUCUGCUUCACCCUUCACUUCCUUUGCUGGGCCAUCAUCUGCAGCAUCCUGUUAAUUUUCGACUAUCCGGAACUGUUGGGCCUUAAACAGGUCUAUUAUGAGUGUCUUGGCUUGGGAGACCCCCUGUCCCUGAAAUCCCCUCGAGCUCAGCGCCUCUACGCCCACCUGCGCCACCCUGUCUGUGUGGAGCUGGCCAUGGUCUUGUGGCUCCUCCCUGCCCUACCACUGGACCGGCUUAUCUUGGCUGGGUGUCUUUCCAUCUACCUGGUUCUGGCGCACUCCCUGGACACACAGGACUGCGAGUACCUCAGCGCCCAGCUUCACAACAAGCUGCACCUCUUCACACUGCCACCGGACAGCCACACGGAGCCCACGAAUCAUAAGCAGGACUGAGGACUGUCCAUCACUCUCCACCUUGCCCCUUGUAGGCUUGCCACCAUUGUGGACUGACCACAGUCCACAGCUGAAACUCUUAUAAAAAGUGUAUUCACGUUGUAAUGGCACGCUCUCUACAAAAAGGAAAUAUUUUAAUGAGGGGCUGCUUUGUGUAAUCUUGGGAACAAUAUUUUUCUGCAGUGUUGGAGAUUUUAAAAAAAACAAAAACCUUUGACUGUACAAUAGUUUUCCCAUGCUGAGGUGCCUUUUUUUUUUUUUUUUUUUUUUUUCCCUGAAGCACUGAUUCUCCAAGACCUUUUUAUAGUGUUUUAUACUUAAAGUUGAAUUGCAUGUUUGUUACAGGUGGUGUUUUCUAAUUACAGUUUGGAUGGAAAAAGUAGGCAUAGUUGUGAGGUAAGGGUGGAAUGUGUAACUGCACUGAAAGACUGUCAAUGUUAAUUUCCAUUAGCGGUUGCUUUUCCACACCGACUUGCACAGCCUUGUUUGUUUAUGCAGAUCCAUAUUUGAGGAAUAGUUUUUAACUUAAGUCCAGAAUAGCAGUAAAAUACGUUGAGAUUUUUCAUCUCUCAUAAUAAUACACCUUCCAGGGGGGGUUCUACAGUUUUGUGAUUUGCCUUCAGCUUUUCUUUUAAUUAGUCGGUGGACUUGGAAAACUGAAAAUUCUGGAAGUGCGUCAGCAAAACUUUCAUAUCACUUUUCCUGUUUGGUUUGGAUUACUCUUGGGGAACUGAUUCAAAUUCUGGGUCACAAAUUGACCUUAAAGGGUUGCUUGCAAGUAAUAGAAGAGCACAUUGGAAAGUAAAAUUUAGUAAACAAUUUUCAUCGAAUUCUAGUGCACAGCAGUUCACGAACAGAUUUGUUGUGUUGCACGUUUUGGCAGGUUUCAUCUGGUUAUGAAAAGAUAGUAUCGCCAAGUCUAUUAAUUGUCAUUUUUUUGUUCAUUUGUCUACUGAAGAACUGCACAGUUCAUAGUGUUUUAAAACAAUUUGUGUCAUAGUAAAGGGAGUCACAGGUGACUGGGACAUGUGUUUUUAUGUGUGAGUAUUAGACAUUAUCAUUACACUGGUUUGUAAAAUGUACGGCAAAAUAGAUUGUAAUGUUUUUUUUUUUAUUAUUUAAACUAUGACAUAGUAUAUCUUAGUUUACAGUGUCUUGUUAAAAUGAUACUUGGUACUUGUACUUUUAUGUUCAGAGGCCUUAAACUGUCGUUAAGCUGUUUUUUCCACCUUUGUAAAGGAGCGUUCAGAGAGAAAUUACAUUCUGUUCAGACACUGGCCUCUCUGAAGUGUGAAGAUUGUUCUUAAUUAGUCCUAGAUCUAAAUGUAUGUGUAUAUUAAUGUAUUGAGGACAUCAUGAAUGGCAUGCCUUUUUAAUUCCCAUUUUGACUUGUAUUGAAUUUAAUUUUAUGCUACCAGUGUUAAGUCAUACGUUACAUGGUGACAUAGACAGCGGGGAAUAAGACUUUCACAAAGAGUCUUUACUUGCCGUUAUGCCGAAAGAGAUGCCUUUUUUCGCAGUGAUUUAUAUUCAUUUCUAAUAAAAUCUGCACGGGAGUUUGGUUUAAAAAAAUCAUGGAGUACCAUCAUUUCUGGUCCACUGUUAUUUGCACAUAGCACGAACUCAUGACACACGUAGCAGGGGGUCUUAGCCCAUCACGUGUCAUUACUGUACUUACUGUACGCGUCACUCGUGGUGACAAUGGGCGCGCGGCCGCGGACGGCUGCGCAUCGGAACUUCUUGGCCGCGCAGGUCGAGGGAGUUGACAAUAUGGUGCGUGGCCUCCUCCUCCUCCUCCUCCUCCUCCCCAACGCAGUUAAUGUCAUUAUCGGAUUAGCGUCGAAAUGCAAGAAAGACACAAAUAUAUAAUCAAGUGGGGAAAUUUAUGAGCGUGGCUUUUUCCAGUCAAAUUCUGCCCUGCCGAGCUCAAUUAAUGCUGUAAAUCGUCAGCACAACUCUAUGCGCGACCGCGGCGGUGCUCUCGAUACCAUCAACGGCAUUUGCGAAUCAAUCAAGAGUCUGAAAGCUGCUUAUGGAGCUCAGAGUCAAAGCAGAAGCUCGAAAAGCCUGAAGAUCAGGAGCGCGGUCGCGGAGACGCGCAUUUAGUGACGUGCGCGCCGCCGCCGCCGCCGCCGGGGAUCCCGGUUCUUGCCAGGACUCGGAACAAACAUGUAAGGCGCGUUUAGUUUCUUGCUCUUCUUAUUAUUACGUGUGAAGGUGAAGUUCAAGUUGUUCCUCUCGUCCGCGAUCAUGUGUCAAGCGACCGGCGGCGACACGAGCAACGGAUCACAGGAAAACUGACGCUGUUUUACUCCAUUUCCUCCGCUACUGCACUACACUGCAUGCCUACUGUUAAAUGUUCCUUUUAGAAAUAUUUCAUCUACAACUGGGUGAGUAGUGUCUACAUGGAAAAGUAGAGGAAGCGUCAAAAAAAAAAAAAAAAAAAA